AUGUGGAAAAUUUACUCCAUUAUCAGCAACCCGUGCCUAAUGGAAGAAAUAGAUUAUGUUCCCGUUUUAGAGUGCCUCAAAGGGGGCGUUGAAGCUUUUGCCGGAGAGGACAGUUUGAUCCUUCAAGGGGAUGGUAUAAAUAAUGCAUUUAACAGAGGAUGUGGUCGUCCCAAGGUAAAAAAUACUAUAGGUUUCAUGCAUGACAGUGGCACCAGUAAGGCUCAAGAAAUCACUGGUGUUCAAGAAAGUGGUCGGACUGCAAAAAUGCAUUGCCCUUUCUCCUUGCCAUCAAAGUGUAGCUCCUUGACAGAUUCUCAAGGAUAUAUAUAUCACAUAGCGAAGGAUCAGCAUAGAUGCCGGUUUUUGCAACAGAUAUUUGAAGAAGGGACUCCUCGAGACGUGCAGCUAAUAUUUAGUACACCUUCUUUUAGACUCUGUCCAGAAGGGCCACCGGGAUUUCGCCAAUCCCACCAUAUUAAAGCAGCUAGAAGAUGGAGAUCAACUGCAGCCCGGUCAGCAAGAGGAUAUGAACCAGAUGGAGCUCAAUCAGCAAGAAGAGAUGCCAACAGGGACUGA